UGCGUGUCGUGUGCAAAGUGUCCGCCGACGGCAGCGCGCCGGCCGCGUGCCCGCUGCCAUGGCAACGGAGCUGCUGCUGCUACUCGCCUCCGUCCUCGCCGCUGCAGCGUCGGGCGGCGCUGAGCCCUGGGACGUCUCGGAGAGUGCGUGGGAGUGCGCGGGCGUCGACGACAGCGCCGAGGCGACCGAGGACUGGCCGUCCAGGCUGGAGGGGCUGUGGGUCUCCCAGGGGUGCGAGCCGCCGCAGGAGUGGGGCGGGCCGUGGUCGCUGCGCAGCCUGCUGCUGGAGUCGCAGCCCACAGCUGGAGACGGGGCUGGAGCUGGAGCUGGAGCUGGAGUGUCGGUGCGCGCCACGCUGGUGACGCACGUGUACGCGGACGACUGGUGCGCGCUGCCCCUCUACUCGGUCGCCGUGGUCGCCACGCUUCUCCAGGAGCGCCGCCAGGGAGAUGAGGGAGAUGGCGAGUGGUCUGUGCGCAUGGACGGCGCCACCGGCUGCGGCCACAGCUGGGAGGGCGUGCGGCGCGUCCUGGGGCUGUGCUGCGCAUGCGCCUUCGGCAGGCACGCCAAGCCGCAUCGCGAGCUGCCCCUCUACUCCAGGGGGCAGCAGCAGCGUGGCCAGGGCGGCGGCGAGCGCGACAACGUCGCCUCCAGGAGGCACCUGCGGCGGUUGCCGCGCGCCCGCGUCCAGACCACGGCUCACCGGCUGGGCCCGCGGAGAGCGCUGCUUCUGCCGCCGCCGGACAACGGCUGGGGGAGGGCGCCGCCGCUGCUGCACGCCGCGCAGCUGGAGGUGCGAUGCCCGGCGCCGGGUCCUUCGUGGCGCGCGGUGGCGUCCGGCCGGUACGUGGCGGAGGGGGCGGUGCUGCGGCUGCGGCGCGCCAGGCUGACGCUGGAGGGGGCGGCGGGGGCGGCGGGCUGCCCGCCCGACCCGCGCCUGAACCUUUCAAUUAUUGAAAUUUAUGAUAACGCGGCAGAUUUGUAUGAGGAUGGUAUUCAAAGCUGGCUGUACAAUGUGAUAAGUUCUUAA